AUGGCGCAGCACGGGGUGGCAGUGGUGCACGCGCACGGCGAGGGCGGCGGCGCUGGGGAGCACCGGUUCACGUUGUUCAUACCGGCGGCGGAUAGGGAGCGCGAGCGCUGGGACGGCGCGUGGCUCGGCCCCCAGGCCGCCAGGGAGGUCUUCGGGGCAGACGAGGUGCACCUCAUGUCAGAUCUGGCGCCGAGGCUCACCCAGAUCGCGCACAGCGCCACCUCUGUGCUCUUCGACGCCGACCGCCCCUCCGGCUUCCACUUCCACGCGGUCCGGGCCGCCCUAGAGGCUGCCGGCGCGCGCCCGCGCGCGGGCCCGCUGCGGCCGCUGCUGCACCGGCUGCGGUGGCGCAAGAGCGCUGCGGAGCUGCAGCUGAUGCGGACGUCGGCGCUGGCGGCGGGGGCGGCGAUCGAGCGGUGCAUCGGGAUCAGCAGGCCGGGGGUGCACGAGCAGGCACUCGCCGCGACGUUUGAGUACGAGUGCAAGCUGGCCGGCGCCCAGCGCAAUGCGUACCCGCCCGUCGUCGCCGGCGGCGCCGACGCGUGCACCAUCCACUACAGCCGCAACGACAAGCGCGUGCAGGCGGGCGAGAUGGUGCUCAUGGACGCAGGCUGCGAGUAUGGCGGCUACGCGAGUGACGUCACGCGGACGUGGCCCGUCAACGGGCGCUUCUCGGGGCCGCAGCGAGACGUGUACGAGGUCUGCCUUGACGCCCGCCGCCGCGUGUUGGACGCGGUGCGGCCGGGCGCCACCCUUGGGCGGCUGCACCAGCUUUCGGUGCGGCUACUGUCAGAGGGCCUGCAGCAGCUGCGCAUCCUGCCGGGCUUGAGCACGGACGCGAUCGCCGCGCAGCACUACAGGCGGCCCUGGAGCCGUCUGUGGUGA